AUGCCUUACAAUACUCGUCGCAAGUCGCUCUCCCUGCCCAGUCUGGGCAUUCACAUCCCCGUCACCAAUGCCGCUCGAGCUGCGGCUGCUUCCAAGAGCGCUGGUCGCCCAUCCUCAGCCUCAACAUCGACCUCGCGCCCAUCGUCGUCUUCGCGGUCGCAAUCGCCCGAUUCCCAUGCAAACAAGCGCAUCAAGCGGUCGCACGCCUCGUCUGACUCUGCCAUCAUCGAGACGACCCCUCCCCCCUCCCCAACACUUGCCACUAGUGUUGAAUCAGCCAACGAAGACGCAGCACCACCCAAAAUUGAUCUCGAGAGCAUCAACGACGAUAUCGUCGAGGCCACGGUUAGCCAGCUCCAACAGACUGCAAACCGCCCUCAUCUUGUCAAGGACCUCGCCACAGUCCUGGCCCAAAGAUUAUCCUCAGUACAAAACUCCGCGAACCCUUGCGCCAUCAUUUCCUCACGCUUGGCCUCUUACAUGAAGAGAUCCUGCUGGAGCGCCCUUACUCCAUGCCCUCUGGCCAAGGAGCUUGAAACUGUUCAUCCUCGUCGCACAUACUAUUUCCUCACCACCUUCCCCAGACAAGCACUCCCAGAGUCUGGCUCAUUACCUGGAAUCGAUAUGCCCGCCGUUGUUACCCCCUCAGUAUCGCUGACUGACGAUACUGGCUCUGACGACGUCGAUGCUCGAAGGAGACAAUUGAGCCCUUCGCCAGAAAUCGAUCUCCCCCCUCCUGACUUUGACGAAGCGCAUGACGACAAAUUGCCUGCUACUCCCAGUUCAUCCAUCCCCAAGUACUAUACUCGCCACCUAGGCGAGCUUCCCCAUGACCUUCCUCCGCUGGAGAAGGAUGAACGCGAAUUCACACAGACUGCAAACACAUUACAGAAGCGCAAGUUUGGCGGUGAGCCCACACUACUUGACUUCUCUGAACGCAGUUUAAACAUGGACUACGGUCAUCGCGACGACCUCUGGUUUGGAGACAAUCUCCAAACAGCUUUUCUGACCAGCCCUGCCAUGAAGCCAGUCCACAACCGCAAGGAUGAUGAGGCGGAAAACUGGCUCAAACUAAACAAAAUGUUUGAAUGGGAUCAGUGCGCUGAAAGCAUUGAAAUUGAUGAACUUGACGGCCUCUGGGAAGGCUGUUAA